AUGAGCCCUCCUCCGUCCUCUCCUUCCUCCCUCUUCUCUCUUCCGGAGAUCAUACCCGCCACGAGGACGACUCCACCCAUCCCUGGAUUAUACAUCUUUCCCUCUUUGCUCUCAUCGGAAAUAGCCCAGACCGCACUGGCUCAGAUCGCCAACGAUGAUAUUUUCAUCGGCGGAACACGGAAUCAAGUUAUGAUCUUUUCUCGUCCGGGCUGUAUUGAAUCCCUCCCUUCAUAUAUCUUAGAGCUCCUCAACCACCUGGACAAUCUGCUGCGACCUCUUCUACUUGUCGAAGCGACAGAGACCGUUCUUGACCAACCUCUAGGAAGACAAGCUAUACUCAACCUCUACCUACCGGGUCAAGGUAUCAGUCCACAUAUCGACCUUCCCUCUCGCUAUGCUGACGGCAUACUUGGCGUCUCCCUCACAGGAGGAUCGGUUAUGACUUUCACUCCCACAGAAGAGAGAAUGAAAGACAAGACCGAGCAUCAUGUCUAUCUUCCUCCCAGAAGCGUAUACGUAUUGACUGGCGAGGCCAGAUGGGAAUGGCUUCAUGGGAUCAUAGGAAGGACAGAGGACCUGGUAGAAGGGGAAAACCAAAGAGAUGAGACGAUCUUGAGGGAUGUGAGGGAAUCCAAACAGCUCACCACACGCAUCACCUCGACUGACAUCUUCCCACAUAUCCUGUCCUUCUGCGACCGCUCAACCCUAGCUACUUGCCUUCGUCUUUCUCGCGGUAUCACUCAUGACAAUCUUCACUACAUAGGUCAAAUCUUGUACUCCAUCGUCACUCUCAAAGUCGACACACACGAUGGAAGUGUUUCACUUCGAGGCGUAGGAGAACCGGUGGACAUGAUUUAUCCUCUCUGGCGUUCUCUCAAUCUCAAACCUCUUCUCUUCUCCUCAGUCACACAUCUUACCAUCGACUUUCACAAGUUUCAUUAUCGAAACUGCCCAUCUUCCCUUCCAGUUCUCCCAAAUCUUCAAGAACUCGUCCUCAAACCUGCCUGCAUGGGAGCUGGAGUCAUCCUCUGCCACGCUGGAGCAAGCUGUCGUUUGAUUCAACAUCUUCAACCUCAUCGAUUGAUAAUCGAUGGUCUCCGCAGUACUUUCGAACCGCUUCCUCAUGGGUUACAAUACCACGACAAACCUUGGGCAGAAGCUAGAGAAGUCGUACUUGUCCUUCGGGCCGGCAGUGGCGGACGUCCUGAAUCACAAUGGUCCCGUAUUUGGUCGAAAAACCUCGAGAAGCUCGUCAUCGUAUACACGACCGAGUAUUGGAUGGCUCACUGGAAGAUGGGACGUCGUCCCGAGCAUGUGGAAAGGGCCAGGAGUUCAUUGUGUUGGAAACUGGCACGUAUCCGGCGGGAGAUUCCCAUGACUUGUCAGAUGGUUGUGGUGGGUGCUGGACACGCAAGCGCAAGGGCGAAAGUUCUAGAUCCCAGGGGAGAAGAAGAAGUUCAGGUUCAAUUGAGCACGAAUGUGCAUGAAAUGUUACGCAACUCUGCAUCCAGUGUGGACGACUUAGAGGAAUGGGGACAGGGUAUGAAAUUUCUGCUCGUGGCUGAAGCAGAGGCGGGAUGGAGGAUGCAGGCCGUGACAGAUGAUCAAGGUCACGGAUCAUGUAGUUGGCGUUACGUUGCCAACAUUCAAAUGAAAUUUUCCAAUUUGAGGAAGUCGUUCAGUUCAGCGGGUAUCGACCACGAACCAGACGACUCGCUGAUCCAAAUCCCCGCUUUACGACCAUUGCAACGACGCCGUCUCAUGUCAGGACCAAGAGACGAGGUUGUAUCGGACAAUGAAGACAAUGAGCGUGAUGGAGAGAGUUCUACCUCUGAGUCCACUUCAGUUCCUAAUCCUACUUCCACACGUAUUCUGUCUCCUCAGAACAUACCUGUUCGUAUCAACACACCGGUUUCGCCAGCUCGAGGUUUCAAUCGUCCUACCAAUACAAUUCCUCGGACCAUCGGGUCACUUUUUUCACCUACUCGCUCCGAACGUGAAUCAUUCUACAGAAUUGUGGAUCCUGACGUCGCAAGCAUCCGCUAUAAAACCUUGAUAUUUUCUUGUUUCGAUACUGUGAUUGCCGGACCUUUGGCUGGUUUUUCACCAACGGCUUCCACUUCCUUUCUCAAUUUCUCUCACUUUGUCAUUCCAUUCGUACGACAUAUCUUCAUCACUUCCAUGGAUUGUGUUCAUCCAGUUCGUUCAUCCACUCUCAACAACCUUCCCGCCGGCUUCAUUCGACCGCUACGUAUACUCUUCGAUUACGGUGAAAUCCAACGGGAUAGUGAUUGGCUCAAUGACAAUAUGAAUUACUGGCUUAAAUAUUUUUGGCCAAAGAAAAUCGUCUUGAAACGAGCAGCAAGUAUAUUGUAUUGGAUACCUAGGAAAGAAUCAAUGGCUUGGAAUAGAGUUGAACAAGUUGAAAUCCGAAUCGACGGUGACUAUUUGGAAGAACUUCAUGAACGAGAUAACUUUAUACCACCUAUAGGAAACGUAUUACCCAACCUACGUAAAGUUAUCAUCAAGCUCGAUAUAUAUCAUAAUUUUUAUGGUGAUCGCGAAGGUGGUUGGUCUUUGUUCACAGCUUUAUACCUUCUUUUAACAGUGGUGAACGAUUUUACAAUUGUCGAAGUCGAACUUGGAGGUUAUUUAUACGAACCGACUGAAUUAGACGGUCACGAAGCGAUGAAUGCCUUCAGACGAAUGGUUGGUUAUGGAGGUUGUUAUAUCAAAAGACGACAAGUGAUAGAGGAGAUGAUUGAGGCUUUCGUCCCGGAUUUAGGGUAUGCACGGGGAAUGGCAAUUGUGAACAGGUUGAAGUUGUUGUGA